GAUUUUCGAUAUUCCUAUCAGGAAUGGUCAACGUUAUUUUAUAGCGACGCAACAACGAGUGAAAUAGCUUUGAGUGACCCAAGUGUUUCAUGGCUAGCGUGACACCAAUAGCGUCAAGAAAUAAAAAUGAAAAGUGGGAAGUUAUGGAGGGACCGUACAAGAUGGGGAGUGUAGCCGUAGAUUCGGAAUAGUUGACAAUGGCAGAGAAACCAGGUUAUGGAAAGGUUGAAGACAAUGGGUUCGGCGACGAAACCGAUGCUUACGGUGAUCCACCCCCAGCCUACAACGAAACCGCCAUGUCGCCUAUGAAGGGGGACCAAUCGUCGGCUCCACCGCAGCCAUAUCCACCAGGCGUGGGUUUUCCUUCCCCUCAGGGGCAUUAUCUUCCUCCCAUUCCCCAACCAGCUCCUGUCCAGGUCAUCGUUCCCCCAGCUGCUCCUGCAGUGUCCAAUGUGGUGGUGGAGAUGUCACACCUACCGCCAGGAACUUGCACUGUCUGUCGAAAAGGCCAGAUUAAGGACAGCGCAUCCUGCUGCACAUGGUUUUGGUGCUGUCUGCUGUUACCUUUAGGGAUCCUCCCUGGCAUCAUCGCCUUCUGCUGCUGUUGCCGUAGGCCCAAGUGCAAUCACUGUGGCUUCAGUAUCUAAGGACAAGCGAUGAUCGUCUUUGUCACCUCACAUGGUACUUCUGGUUCUCAUAACAAAAGUUGUCAAAGUUUUGGCUCGUACAAGGAACCGUAUCAUUUGCUUUGCAAAAGCAAAACAUAGUUUUCAUGUGCUAAAAUUCAUUGUAUCCAUAGUUGCCUUAUUCCUGGCGAUAAAUUGAAGUAUAUUAGAAGUAUUACACAUAACUGAUACCUGCUAUCAGCUGCUCUCAUAGAUUUGGUUGAAUCUAGAAACUGCCAUUUGUUUUCUUUUUUAAUUAGACCCUUUAGCUUUGCUGGAGGAUAUUAUGGGGAAUUUUUACGCAAUAUGAUAUGAAUAAUAGGUUAUAAAGAUUUUUUGUUUACAUUUUCCAACAAAUUCCAAGGUUAAUCUGAUUUUAAAAAAUUUCAAUGUUUAUCUUUAUGUAUGUAUGGCUUCUCGUAUUUCGUUUUCGUUGUCAUUCACCUGAUCUAACCAAUUCAAAAGGUAGGCACAAGUGCACAUAGGGUACUUUGUAAUUUUACGGCUUUGUCUGAAGAGAAAUAACCUUUCCAAAGCCAUUUUGUUAAGAGAAGUAUUUUUCUUAUUUGCACCCAAUUAUCUGUAUAUGUUGCCUGAACCUGACAGAACAAAGUAACGGCUGAUAAAUAAGAUGAGAGCUCACCGGAGGAGCCAUUUUGAGCUCUGUAUGUCCUUUGUGUUUUCGAGAUAUAGCGUAAAGUAACAGUGCCCUUGUCAGUUUUUUUUUAUUUUUUUAAAGAGGUUUUAAGAUGAAGAAGCAAAAUUCUGACAAAGAAUUGGCCAAGCAGAUUGAUUGCGUCGGUCAAGGAGGUCAUCUUUGCAGUAGUCAAUUUUGUAAGUUAUUGGCCACUGCCAAAAUUCUAUAUUUCUUUCAUUUUCUUCAGUAUAAUAAUAAUAAUAAUAAUAAUAAUAAUAAUAAUACCAUCUGCCGUUUUCCUUUUCUCUUCCUGUUUUUGAUUGAAUUUGAAAUAUGCCGUUUGUCUUUCGAAGCCUUUCCCUCUCCACUAGCUCUAUUUUAUUCUUGCCAAAUAUUAUGCUCAUAACGCAAUCUUACUACUUUGACCUUCCCUACUGCAUGUUAUAUUGGAAUGCCUAGACCGAUAUCAGUACUACAGUAAUUGCAUUACUACAGAGAGAGUGGCGAGUGCACUACUAAAGCCAAAUAGGCCAAGGACUAUUUCUCGUAGAGUAUAGGAACUAAUACUCACCCUUUUUCGAUUCCCCUUGACAAUUAAACAGCUAGUGUUAACUCUGGACAUCAGAGAUGUGGUAAGAGGGAGGUGUCUGAACUAGACCUUGGCAAAGUACGAAGGUGUUCUUGUUUGAAACUUAGUUUGCUCGCCGACAUCCUUUUCUGUGGUAGCCUUUAGUGUGUCAUGGCCCCAAUGCAGACCAAUGGCACAGAAACAAAACAGCACCAUGAACGUUGGCCAUCCAGACUUAGCUAUUGGCGGAAAACAAACAGUGCCAACUCGGUUUUUAGUCGUUUUCCUUCAAAGUUCAGUUCCAUUAGGGCAUCUUGAGGAGCACGUUGACUAUCAUAGUCCAGCACUAUUAUGCGUAUAAUAGUGUUUGCAUUAAAUGACAGCCACAAACGUGAUGAGAGGUUCGGGUGAUACGUCCUUAGUACUAGCAUGCAUUGCACGCCAUUAGGUGGCGUUGCUGUGCUUACUUGUGCAUGCUUAGGUUGAAUUUAAUAUUAAAUGAUCUUUUCAAAUCGUAUUUUGUUAAUAGAUUCCCUUUGUUCGUGCACAUUUCCCUUUAUUUUUGAGUUUGCUCGUCCGUGUUAGUAAUAAUACCAGUAAAAGACUUUAAAGUAAGUUGUGUAAUACUGUAGUUUAAGUAGAGGUUCUGUCAGUGUCAGAAAUGCGCCCAUUUUACAAUGUGUUAGAAUCGCACAUAUUGUAUAUCUGUAUGGCUAUAUCAUACCCUGUAGCUUAUUCAUUUACCAGAAGACUGCCUUCACAUUGAAUCGUAAACUGAAGAUACUCUAUUCAUUACAAAGUAACAUAGUCAAUAACUUAGCUAGUUUUGUACUCGUAUGUGUAUAUUCAUCACACCCCUUAUAUUGCACAAUGUUGAGCAGGCUGGAUAGACCUUUUUUUCAGGUUCUGUAGACGGCCAAUGGUUUAUCUAUAUCAUUCACUGAAACAGUAUUAAAUCAUAGCUUCAAACUUUCACUUUUUUUUUUAUUGUCUCACGUAUAGACCAAUGUGUUUAGUAUGCGUCACGUAUAGACCUAUGUGUUUUGUAUGCAUUCAUCUUAAGAUUUGUAUCUACUGCUUUAUAUAUUAUCUGGUAAGCUGAAAGGGUUGUACUAUUGUUUCUGAUCUAUUUUACACUUGAGUUCACAAUUAAAAUUAAAACGCCAGUUUACAUAGCCACAAAACAAUCAAUUUAGUGUUUCGUAUAAUCUCUAAUUUUGUCGGAAGCUUAUAUUUUUGCUCCUGGUAUACAGACCUUUUUAGAAACGUCUUUAAUGUAUUUUUUCAGAUGAUACAAUGGGGUUGAAAAUUAUCACUCAAAACCAGGAUUGUUUACAAUCAUAUGAAAAGUGAGAAACUCCUCGCGAGAUCUGGUAAAACACCUGACAGCUCUGUGGUGUUAGUUGUUGAAUCUAGAGUGAAAAGUGAAUUAUAUUUUGACCUAAAUUUUAUAUUUUUGUAUGCAGAAGAAGUUUUCUUAGGCUGAAGUGCUAAUGGAUAUAUUAUAUAUAUAUAUAUAUAUAUAUAUAUAUAUAUAUAUAUAUAUAUAUAUAUAUAUAUAUAUAUUCUUUAUCAAGAACGUUGCUUUUUUAUGAAAUGGUUGAACGUGACGGAAGAGAGAUCAGUAAGGCAGUUUUACAAACUCGUAAGAGUAGUGAGUAGUGAAUGUGAUAAGACAGUUCAGUAUUAGAGACGAUUGUUACUCAUUAAUAAGCAGUAUGACAACUGGCAUGUUCAGUUUAUAUCAUUACGUGAGAGUGAAAUUUUUAUGAGUAUUGUUGCUUCUUUUAGGGUUACAAUUAUGAAAUGUAUGCAUAACUUAGUGAUGUUCAGUACUUUGUAAAAUGGCUUUAGAAUAAAAUUUUAUGAAUAACUGAAA